AUGUCUGUACGGUUAGGAGCGAUAGAUAGAAUAAAGCAUUGCAAGGAGAAAUUUUUGUACUACAACGAGUACCAUUACAUUGCUUUGCAAGUAUGUAUGAAACUUUCCGUUCAUUUUCUCCAUUACCUUUCUUUCAUUUUAAAGGUUAGAAUAAAUAUAUUAUCUAACUCAUUUCACAACGUCUAA